AGCCAGCCAGCCAGCCUGCCUGCCUGCCUGCCUCAGUGGGUCUGGGCCGCACUCGGUGCCGCCGCCUCCACCGCCGCCAUUAGCCUAGCAGGAGCUGCGAGGAAAAGCAUGGAAGAGAUUGAGGUUUUCAGCUGAGUGGACUAUUGCUCUUUAGAAAGAACAGCCACUCGCCUGUGGUGAAUAUGAAUCCCCUGCAGGCGACCAGGCACCGAAGCAUUAUAAAGUUGCUGGCUCCGACUGAGGAUUCAGAAUGGGAGACAAGCCUAUUUGGGAACAGAUUGGUUCCAGUUUUGUACAGCAUUACUUCCACUUAUUCGAUACAGAUAGGACUCAGUUAGGAGCAAUAUACAUAGAUGCCUCAUGCCUUACGUGGGAAGGACAACAAUUUCAGGGCAAAUCAGCUAUUGUUGAAAAACUCUCAAGCCUUCCCUUUCAGAAAAUACAGCACAGUAUCACAGCGCAAGACCAUCAGCCCACACCUGACAGCUGUAUACUCAGUAUGGUAGUUGGACAGCUUAAGGCCGAUGAAGAUCCUAUAAUGGGAUUCCACCAGAUAUUUCUAUUAAAGAACAUCAAUGAUGCUUGGGUUUGCACCAAUGACAUGUUCAGGCUAGCAUUGCACAACUUUGGUUGAGACAGCAUCCCCGAGGCACCUGCCCUUUUUCUUUUCUCCUCUCCUCCUUACAGAUAUUAAUCACACUCAUGGAACAUUCCAAAUAUCAUACACAAACCUGCAACACCACGGCAAGCAAGCAAGACCUGUGACAUGCCCUUCCGAAGAGUUUAUGUUGUGUCACUAGAAGAGUUCCUUGUGCAUGAUGUUUGGAAGUUAGACUUAGCUGCAUUUGACAAGGGAAAUGUGUGUUUUACCUACCAGCAUGCCUCGGGAAGAAUCCGUAAUGCGAAAGGUUGUGUUUCUGUACUGACAAGUUUCUCUAAUAACCCAAAGAAACAAAAGGAAAGAAAAGAACAGCAGCCUGAAUCCAGCUCAGAUAUUGAUAUUUUUUUUUUGUUCAGAUGUUUCAGUGCUACAUUAUACAAUAAAACCAUGCAAUUUUCCUAACA